AGUAUACGAAGUUUUUUUCCGGAUAGCGCUGCUCAAAUAAUAAUUUUGUAAAUAAACUAGCUAUAUAAACUAAACAAAAUUAUGGUACGUGGUUCAAUGCGAGGUGGUGGGAGUAGACCUAUGCGGGGAGGCAUGCGGCCACCAUUUAAAAAAACGUUUGUACCUCGUCAUCCUUUCGAUAUAACCUUAGCAGAACCUAUAUUUCCAAAGGUAUCAGCACAGGAUCAAGAUGAUUGUGCGUUGACAGCGGCUUUGUUGAAAAGAAAUCAAGAUUUAAGUCCUACUCCGGCAGAACAAGCUUCAAUUGGAAAUUUGGUUACUAAAGUUCAAGCAGUGCUGGAUAAUCUCGUAGUUGCGCCUGGGGACUUCAAUACUUGCCAACUUGAGGAAGUCAGGCAAGUUGGAUCGUUUAAAAAAGGUACAAUGAUUACAGGUAACAAUGUCGCAGAUAUUGUUGUUAUUCUUAAAACAUUACCAACUAAGGAAGCAUGUGAGGCACUUGGAAAGAAAGUUGAAGCGGACCUUAAAACGGCAAUGAAAACUGAAGUGCUUACUAAAGCAGAUCAAAUUAGUACCACAACGCAUGAUAGAGGAUUUGAUAUAUCCAAUUUGAACUCCAAAGUCCGUAUUCUUAUCUCAACUCUUCCACAAAAUUUACGAAAACUAGAAAUGGAUAUACAUCUGGAUCAAAAAGCAAUGCAAGCUCAUUUAGCAGCCAUAAGGCACACGCGUUGGUUUGAAGAAAACGCUCAUCAUUCAUCUAUUAAAGUACUUAUUCGUAUUUUAAAAGACCUAACAAAACGUUUUGAAGCUUUUACACCUUUAUCACCUUGGAUGCUAGAUCUCAUUGCACAUUUAUCUAUCAUGAAUAAUCCCUCUAGACAAGCUUUGCCGAUUAAUCUUGCUUUCCGACGAGUUUUUCAAUUGCUGUCCGCAGGACUGUUUUUACCAGGAUCAGCCGGAAUAACAGAUCCUUGUGAGCCAGGGCAUAUAAGAGUACAUACAGCAAUGACACUCGAACAACAAGAUAUAUGUUGCUUAACAGCGCAAACAUUACUACGUGUACUUGCGCAUGGAGGUUAUAAACAUAUUCUUGGAUUAGAAGGUAACACGAGUAUUGUACGCGAAAUGUCAGUUUGGAAUGGAGUAGUAGUAUCUACUUUGGAGUCUGUUUAUGAAAAACCAACGGAUAAAAAAGAUGGUGAAAUAGAUGAAGACAUGGAAGCUGUAGAAACUGCUUGUGUUGCAGAUGAAGAUAUUGUAGAAUAAAGUUAUAUUUGACAUAAUUUAUUU